CCGAGGCAUCAUUACAAACUGGCGUUCUUUCUAAAUAUAAUGUGGAGCACUAUUUCGCCGACAAAUUCAAAGAAACUUUUAAUUGGCAGCACACGCAGCGUUGACUAUGUCGGUGAUAAUUCCACAACGAAAUCAACAAAGAUAUCGAUCGCAAUGGAAAUUCAUAUACAAAACAAGUGCAUCUCAGCAUAGCGCAUCACUCUGGAGGGUGGUGCAGAGCCCCCAUGGCUACAGGGCCCCCUUAAAGCGGCAUUUUUGGGGGCCUCUGGCGUCGGCAAAACAAGCAUUUUACAGCAAUUUUUCUACCAUGACUUCCCCAAGACACAUCAAACCACAACCCGAAGAAAAGUGUACAAAAGCUGUUUGGUAUGUGAUACCUGUAUACGAGAGCUGAUGGUAAUCGAUGUUCCACCCCAGAAACGGUUUCCGGCGGAUAAUUUUGCUGAAUGGAAUAACGGCCAUCCACUGGGGUUGAGAACAGUUCAUGCCUAUGUCUUGGUCUUUGAUAUGGGAAACUUGGAAACAUUCCGGUAUUGCAGAUCAAUGAGAGAUCAAAUUUUGGACAGUUUUUGUCAUCGUGACUUUAGUAUAAUUGUCGUUGGCAAUAAAUAUGAUACAAUAAAUGAAACGCAGGCAAAUUCACAGGAACUUAAAGAUAUUUCAACCUUAGUACGGAAACAUUGGCGCUGUGGCUAUGUGGAAUGCUCCGCACAAUAUAACUACAAAAUCGGUGAUGUAUUUCGUGAACUAAUGGGUUGUACCAGUACGGGGGGAAGUGCCAUUGGCACAGAUUUCACACAAUCAAAUAGAAAUAAAGGACGUUGUACAAUACUCUAGCAAUGGCUGCAUAAGUUUUUUUAGUAACACAACACAACAGCAUCUACAACAACAAUAUUUUGAGGUAAUCAACAACAACA